ACUUGACCUUUCUUCCUCUUUGAAGCCAGAUAUUCUCGUCGCAAUAUACUGGAACUAGACUAGAACUUAGUUCUAACUGAAGAAAUCAUGACGACAAAGUAUUCGGAAAUUUUCUGGUGGUUGCUGGACCCUUGGCAGUUCAUGUUCAUCUCCUUGAGCUACCUGCCUUCAACUGCUGUCCGUCUCGUUCGUACAAGGGGACUUUUCUCCCUCGCCACGCUGCAAAGCGAAUGGUUCUCUGAUUUCUGGGCUUGGGCAGGGCCCGGUGUGAGGGAUUCGGCCCGUCCAAAGGUUAUACCACUCCUGCAAGGCCGGGUGCACGCCGGCAGAGCAGUCGACCAUGAGGCACACCCUCCCGCUUCCGGGAUCGUGCUGGAGGUCGGCCCCGGCAGCGGCAUGUGGGCUGGCUUGUUAGCCUCGACCGCGGCGACGCGCAUCAUAGGCGUCGAGCCUAACACAGCCGUGCACCCGGCCCUUAAGGCUGCCGUGAAGAAGCACGACCUUGAAAGCCGUUAUGAGGUGGUGCCACAGGGGAUCGAGGCCCUGGCCGACUCGGGAGUCGUGGCCGAGGGUGAAGUGGACUGCAUAGUCAGCAUUCUGUGCCUCUGCAGCAUCCCGGAUCCAGAACACAACAUGCGGCAACUCUACCGCUUUCUCAAGCCCGGUGGGAGGUGGUAUUUGUACGAGCACGUUCGAUGCGAGCACAACCGCUUUAUGGUUUUGUAUCAAGCUUUAGUAAACAUAUUUUGGCCCCGUGUCAUUGGAGGUUGCCAGCUUCGGAGGAGGACGGGCGAGCUGAUUCGUGCCGCUGGGGACUGGUCGGACGUCGACCUCAAAUCGCUUCACCAGGAGCCUUGGUAUAACACCGUGCCUCACAUACUGGGAAUCGCAACCAAAUGAGCAACUAACAUAGUCUGGAAAUGGGAGAAAUAAGAUAGAAGAGCAAAGUCGAAUCUGGCGUGGGGGCAUAUAUAAGUAGACCGUGGUAUUUCGAAUUGAGGGCAUGUAUCCUAGCAAAGAAAUGCACACAAUCACAAACAUGUACAUAGGAACUCGAAGAGAAAUAGUCGAGAAAUGGCUCAGACUGUUCCUAACCAUA